AUGGCAAACACGGCACUCCCCUCAGAUUUUCAUACAGUGAAGGACUAUGCAUUCGACACGGGUGCUUAUGGAAUGAAAAUCACAACCAGCCACCCUGACGCCCAAGUGUGGUUCAACCGGGGUCUAGUUUGGACGUAUGCCUUCACCCACGCCGAGGCAACCUUGUGCUUUCAACGGGCCAUCAAGCUCGAUGAAUCUUGUGCAAUGGCCCACUGGGGUCUGGCUCUGGCGCUUGGUCCUAACUAUAAUCAACCAUGGGAAGCUCUGCGGAAAGAUCUCCCGGACAUCGUGCGGCGUACUUACGAGGCAUCUCGUCGAGCACUGGCGCUCACCACUGACCGGUCGCCGGUGGAAAAAGCUUUGAUCACUGCACUUCAGUCUCGCUACCAGAGCGACGAACCGGCUCCGAUAGAGCAGUAUCACAAGCAAAACCAAGCCUAUUGUGACGCCAUGGGAGCUGUGUAUCAGCGAUUCGGAGACGAUCUGGACGUGGCUACUCUAUACGCCGAUGCUCUUAUGAUUCUGACACCGUGGAAAUUGUGGAACCUAGUUACAGGGAAGCCUAACCCGGGAACAAGAACUUUGGAGGCGAAGGCCGUCCUGGAGAAAGCGCUGGCGCAUGAUGCUGCGAAGCGCCACCCUGGCCUGCUACAUCACUACAUUCACCUGAUGGAGAUGUCACCCACACCGGAGCUUGCUUUGAUUCAAGCGGACCAUCUGCGUACACUUGUGCCAGACUCGGGUCAUCUGUGCCAUAUGCCAUCUCACCUGGAUUUCCUGGUUGGAGACUAUCGAGCAGCAAUCAGCAGCAAUACGCAAGCCACCAUCGCGGACGAGAAAUUCAUGCAUCACCGCGGAACCAAAGGGUUCUAUACACUUUACCGCAUGCAUGACUAUCACACGCUGAUCUACGCUGCCAUGUUCGCGGGUCGAAAGGGCAUCGCCAUGGAUACGGUGAAUCGCAUGGAAAGCACGCUGCCUUUGGAGAUGCUGAAAGCCAUGCCCGAUUAUUGUGAGGUCUUCAUGUCAGUGCGAUCGCACGUCAUGGUUCGCUUUGGUAUGUGGACGGAGAUCAUCGAUUACCCACUUCCUGAGGACCCAGAGCUCUUUUGCGUCACCACCGCACUAGCACACUAUGCCAAGGGUGUCGCGUAUGCAGCGACGGGAGAUGUUCCUAAUGCGAUGAAGCAAAAGGAACUCUACGAAGAGGCCGCGAAGCGAAUUCCAGAUAGUCGGCUUGAUUUUCCAAACAAAUGCAUUGACAUUGUGGGGAUUGCCUCCGCGAUGUUGGAUGGUGAGAUCGAAUACCGUCGCCGCAAUUACGCCGAAGCUUUUGACCAUCUCCGCCGCGCCGUACAGUUGGACGAUGAGCUGGGUUACAGCGAACCGUGGAGUUGGAUGCAGCCUGCGCGCCAUGCCUAUGCCGCUUUGCUGUUGGAGCAGAAUCAUGUGGAAGAGUCUGCUGCCGUGUACCGCGCCGAUCUGGGUCUGGAUGAGUCGGUCAUUCGAGCUCGCCGUCACCCCAACAAUGUCUGGGCAUUGCAGGGCUAUCACGAAUGUCUGGUUCGGCUGGGACGGGAUGCUGAAGCAAAUAUCAUCAGACCCCAACUGACAGUUGCACUUGCAUUGGCUGAUGUGCCGAUUCAAUCGUCCUGCUUUUGUCGCACGGACAAUGAGCAAGCUGCAGACGCUGAGAAGAGCUGCUCCAACAAUAAAUGCAAGAUGUGA